AUGUCAGUCUUACUGCUGGAAGAAGUCAGGCAGAAACGGGAACUGUGUGAAAGUAGAAGGUGGGAUGUCAGUUUUCAAGGCAACACUUUCCGCUUGAGCCAUAUUGCAGACAAGGUCAUCGCAUGGCUAGAAAGGUUGAAGGCUAUUGGCGAUAUUGCUGUCAAUACAGACCCAAUACAUGCGCAAUUGCCAUGGGCAUGGAUCAGGAUGUUGCUACAGGCAGCGACAGCCGAUCGCGAAACUAUGGGUUCCCUCCUAGUAGGGCUUGACAAAGUUUUCUACUUCAUUGAUCUGUGUAAGGUCUACGAACUUCUAUAUCCCCACGAUCCAGAGAUGGAGCAUGCAUAUCUUAAUUUAGAAGCCACGGUCAUUGAACUCUAUGCCCUAAUCCUGCAGUUUCUACUGAUUGCAAUCCGGGCGUAUGAGGGAAACAGGUAUACAACUAUUUCGACGGCGUUUUGCACCCUCGAUUGCAUUAACGAUUAUAACGCACGCUUUGAAGCGAUCGUUCCACGCAUCGACUACGCGGCUCAAAACUGUGAGCGAUGUUAUAGUCUCCUCGGUCGAGUUAGUUCCACCGACCAAUAUAAAAGCUUAAAGCGCAUGCUCGAAGACAUUGAGCGAGUAAAGGCCCUUGAAAAUGAGCUUAGAGAUGCUAAUAACAGGGUCCAAAGCAUAUGGCUGUUUCUUGAAAAUGAAAAGCGAGGUGACGUCCUUAGGUGGAUAUCAAACAUUCCAUAUGAGGAUCACCACACAGUGGCGAGGGCUGGCCGUACAGGAGGUACUGGUGGGUGGCUCUUUAAGCAACGGGAGUUUCAAGAUUGGCAGCUUUCUAAGGACUCAAUGAUAUUUUGGUUACAUGGUAUACCCGGCGCAGGGAAAACGAAGCUUGUCUCCCGAGUUGUUGAUGAGUUUCUGCAUGUUCAGGGGCAGAAGUUGGUAUAUUUUUACUGCAAUCGCAAUGAAGAACGUCGUCGGAAGCCAAAAGAGAUUCUUUGCAACUUUGUCAAGCAGCUUUCGAUCGCGGAUGAUCAAACCGUAAUCCAUGAUAGUCUUCUCCAAAUCUACGACGAUAGGCGACAAAGAGGCUUCCUGUCGAAGGACUUAAGCCUUGAAGAGAGCGAAGCGCUCCUAACUCAGUUGAUUUCCACAUAUCCGAAGACAAUAUUAGUGUUAGAUGCCUUGGACGAAAGUGAAGAAGGCUCGAGGCAAGGCCUUAUCAACUAUUUCUGCCGACUUGUCGACCAGAUACAAAAUUUGAAAAUAUUCAUCUCCAGCAGACGGGACGAAGUCAUAGCAAGCCGGCUCGAAACUAAUGCCAAUGUUGGCAUUGAUGCAACAGAUAAUCAGAAUGACAUUGCGAAAUUUGUCUCACAGAAGAUAGAUGAAGAUGAGAAGAAACGGGCUAACCCUAUUUCUUCUGAACUGAAACAUGACAUUGUCCGUAUCCUUCUAGAUAAGAGCCAGGGCAUGUUUCAAUGGGCAGCCUUACAAGUUACGGAACUUUUAUCCCUAGAUCUAGAAAGCGAUAUUCGUGAGCGUCUGGGAUGCUUACCAGCUAACCUACGAUACGCAUACAACGAGAUCUACCAGCGAAUUCUAGGGUCCACGGGAAGCAAGUUUAAGAUCGUGGCGAGAGCCCUACAGUGGGUUUUAUGUUCAGAGAAACCUCUAACGACAGAUGCCCUCGUUUUCCUUGCAUGCCAGGAUCCCCAGACUGACACUUUGAUAACCCCAUAUGUGGACAUCCAAUUCAUCCUUGAGUCAUGCUCUAGUCUCCUUGUCAUGGAUUCCCAGCAGUUUUGUCGACCCUCUCAUCUCUCUGUGAAUGAUUACUUUGAAAAUCUUUGGGGCAUUGGCAUAUGUCAUGCCAAUGCUGCAAAGAUAUGCCUGACACAUUUGCUAGUCGCAAGCAGUCAAUCGCCACAAGAAUGUUCCAAGUAUUCGACUAUGGUUGACAACUUUCUCCCUUAUGCAGCGCAGCAUUGGUUUGUGCACAUAAGGAUAUACGAGCACUAUAUCAGGAAUACAGGUGAAAAGAUUGAUCCUCGGCUGUCGCAGCUUGUUGAGAGGUUCCUCGGUCGUGUCGAGGAAAGUGGGCCCGCCUAUAGGUCCUGGUGUGAACGUUGCGAACACUUGCCAGGUUUCCCCAUUGAAGAUCUAAAGCCUUUCUCUAAUCCUGUGUUAGCAGUUUGCCGAUUCGGCCUUCACCGUGUCCCGCUUACAUGGUGGGAAGCCGAACGCAUAGACCCUAAGCAAACCAACAAAGCUGCCAACUCGCUUCUAGUACUAACGAUAUUCAGCGAGAAUGAACAUGCUGUUCAAAAGCUAUUGUCACUUGGAGAAGACGUCAAUAGACAGCUUGAUGGGUUGCUCUGUAGUGGGACCGCUCUCGGUGCUGCCGCAUCAACUGGCAAUCGAGAAAUCAUCAAGCUACUACUAAGCGCAGGAGCUCAGAUAAACCAGAGACACGCCGGGGGAAUUUACGGCAGUGCGCUGGUGGCAUCAGUUGCAAACCCAGAAGGGAGAAAGGCCGCCCAGCUGCUGUUAGACUCGGGAGCAGAUAUCAAUCAAGAGCUCGAUUGUGGAAUAUUCGGCAGUGCUCUUGCUGCUGCUGCUACUCGUGGAGCCGGAUGGUACGACAAUACAAGUAUUCAUUUACUGCUCCGUGCAGGAGCUAACGUCAACCAAGCCCUUACGAGUGGGAAUUACGGCAGUGCCCUUGCUGCUGCAGCUUCAACACCCAUAAGUCAUGAGACAAUAAAGCUAUUACUUGCCUCAGGGGCAGACGCCAAUCAAAGGCUCAUUUGGGGAAAAUAUGGCAGUGCACUAGCAGCAGCAGCAUUCGGUAGCCCCGCAAAUAUCUCGCUCCUACUAGAUGCAGGAGCAGACGUCAACCAGGUGCUUACUUCUGGUCUAUACGGUAGCGCACUUGCGGCAGCAGCGUAUAGUCAAGCAAAAUACAGCGUGAAACUUCUACUCGAUGCAGGCGCCAAUGUCAAUCAAAAACUCACCACGGGGCUCUAUGGCAGUGCCCUUGCAGCAGCGGUAGCCAAGAAGGGCGCUGAUAAGGAGAUAGUACAACUAUUGUUGGAUGCAGGUGCCGAUGUGAACCAGAAUCUUGCCUCAGGUCUUUACAGUAAUAUUCUAGAAGCAGCACAAGCGCGAACUCGUCCAGAGCUUUACGAGAUGCUGUUGGGGGCGGCCAUCAGGAAGAAUCAGAGAAAUCUCGAGUAUAUCAGCUUGGAGGCUGGCAAGUACAAGGACAGAAAGUCGACAUGA